AUGCCUGGCGCGGCAAAGAAAGUUGUGCUGAAAAAGAAGAAACGUGCGAGCACACUUGUGCGUCUUUCGGUGGUGGAGGCUGAAGAAGCCGUUUUGGAGCUUGAAGAUGGGGAUCUAGAUGCCCAGCAGCUUCAAGGCCAUGUCCUAGAGGACAGCAAGGACAAAUUUUUCACAGAGCUCCCGGCAAUGCCGACAGCAUCAAGAGAGGAAUGGUGCAAAAUCGUGGAGGCGAACUUCCAAAGCAGCUUCAAGAAACAGGCGGAUCGUCACAACUCACCAGCAGACCGGCUGGAACUUGCAGCGUGGCAGCAGCGCCCCUGCUUAAACGUCGAACGUUUGCGGGUCGUUGAACAUGAAGACGGAUCUUUCCGUGUUCACUACGGGGAGAACGAUAGCAUUCCGCCAAAGGCUGUCAAAGCGCAGGAGGAGCUAAAGGACCUCCUGACCGAGAUCCGAGUUCAUGCCAGAAUGCCAACAUGCUGGGAGGCCGGUCACAGAUGGAGGGCAGACAUCAAGCAAAAGCUGCAGGGAUGUCAUCGACAACUCGACGGUGUUGAUUUGAGAGGUGCCGAUUUAUCAUUCACUCAGCUACAGGCAGCAUCUUGUGACAGCAUUCAGCUGCAAGGGGCGAACCUUGUCCGUGCCGACUUGCGCGGUGCGAACUUGGAGAAUGCGAACCUCCAAGGGGCCAAUUUGUAUCGUGCUCAGCUGCAUGGGGCUUGCCUUGCGCACGCGGACCUCAGGGGAGCUAACCUUCACUCGGCCGACUUAACGGGUGCGGACAUGGACAGUGUCAAGCUGGCUGGAGCUGAUCUUACAGCAACUGCAUGGACAAGCCCUCCAAGCGCAACCGACAUUGAUUGCGGUAUCCUUCCUUUCCCGAAGUUUCGCAAGACGGAGAAGACUCACGAGAACUCGCUCCUGUUGCAGUAUUGGAGGGGCGCAAAGCGGGCAUUGUGGGGUGAUGGUGAAGAAGAGGAUUCAGACGCUGCGGAGGAGACGGAGAGCAGAGGGCCAGAGGAGAACUCUGGCGGGUUUCAGAAACUCCUUCCGAGCUCCACGAGGCUGCUCGGCACACAGGAGCUGAGUCCUACAGCCAAGACUGCGGGAAGCAUGGAUGAGAGACUCAUUGGCUUGAUGAAGCAGGCAGAGCAGAACCUCAGACGGAUAUUGAAGAAGUUAUCCGUCCCAGCCACAUAUCGCGCGCGUGCCCUGCUCCAGGUCGUCUGCAACAAACAAGCUACGCUGCGGGUGGUUUACGUGCAUGAGGAGGGACAGGAAGCCUUGGAAGAAGUGUUGAGACAAGUGUCAAAGAUACACACGGAUGAAGAAGUUUUUUGGACCUUCGACUACUUCGAGAAAGAGCUUGCAAGCCUGCAGAAGCGUGGUUUGCAGGUAGGGCCAAUUCUUUCGAAGCUUGCUGAUGCGCACCUGAAAGGCGAUACGUGCUACACAGGAGGCAGCCUGUUUAUCUUCCUUCGUGCAUCGCCAACGCAGAUGGCUGCCGACAAAAGAGAGCUGGAGAGCAUGCUGGAUUACUUGCAGCGGGUCCAACAGGAGACGGUGAACAAACACAACUGGGACGAUGUGACAGACAACUUUGAAUGCUUCUACAACAUGAAGGAAGCUCUUCGCUGCCAGCGCAGUCGCCUUGUCUUCAGGGACGUUUGGGCAGAUCCAAACCUUCGCACUUUUGUAAAGGCCGGGCUUGCAUUCCAAGAUGUGGCGUCCCCGGACAAGUGUCCAGAUGCUGUCGUUGGCCAUGUGAAAUAUGCGGUGUACCUCAUCAAAAGCAAUUACCUGCGAUGGGCUCAGGAGCUGUCCAAAGAAGCGGCAGCCAUUGACGCCGUCAAAGCUCGUCAAGCCAGCUUCUUCGCUCUCGUCCUCUCCGGGAUCUCAGGCUGUCUGGUCUUCGUUGCAACGCUGCUGUCCGGCCUUGUUGUGGAAGCCGUUCGUACAAACAUAGCUGUCGAUCUUUUCGGAGGUGAAUGA